AUGGCGCCUUUCUGGCAGAUGCAAUCUUACCAUCCCAAAGCCGCCGAUGCGGUCAACGCCUGGCGGAUCCCUCGGGCCUGGUUCCUUGCACAAGGGAUCCGCCUCCCUUACGACCUGCUCAUGUCCCGCGCUGUCACUGAGCCACAUGUCCCUCGCUUUCUGCAUCCUGAGGAGAUCGCCGCUCGGGAGGACAGCACCCCUGCAGAGCCGCUUACACCUACGGAGACUGUGCCUACGGACAUUCCGCCUUACCCCCUUCCCCCGACUGCCGACCAGGCUGCUUUCCUUGAAUGGAACAAAGACAGCACUUGGCAGUCGCGAUUGCGAACUGCCUUACAUUUGCCUUCGUUUACCAACAAUACUAUUGCUUCAUGCCCGAGGAUGCGGCGAAGUCCAUCGGCUACCAUCUCCCAGAAUAGACUCAGUCAGGUACUCCACUACCAAUCGAUCCCCCUAAAACAAUUACCGAUGCAUCUGACGCAUUACGCACAUUCCCUAGCCACCCAAAUUUUGAACAUUACACCUCCGCAGAGCUUACAAUUGAAGCUCUUAAUACCUUUGAGAGAUAGGGGUGGUGAGAAAGUAGAGGGUGAGCUCUUUGUCCACAAGCUUUGCGCUGCCAAGAAGUAUUACCGGAUCAUUGAUUUCGACAUCCAUGAAGCCUACGACAUGGCUGCUCAGCACGCGCACCAACAAACACAGACACGCUCGUCCGCAUAUUUCUUCUUUGCUUGCCGUGUCACCAUUGACGACCAAGAACCUCACCACGAACCAGAGAUCACGGAAACUGGCUGA